AACAGGCGAAUUCGAUUCUCCACCCAUUUCCUUUUCCUGGCAGACGCGUGAGCGAGUUCCAGUUCCGUUUCACGAUUCGGGUUCGACUCUUUCUCGAAAUUCCGUGGGGCGAGGAAAUGCAAUCCAUCUUCGCCAUUUUCCAGAGCUGAUCGCCACUUUCAAAUUCGAGAGAGAGAGAGAGAGAGAGAGCCACUUUAAGACAAUGAACAGGGUGAUUGCAAGGAAAAUCACAGCUGUGAUCUGUACAUCGAAUCUUCCAAAGAAGACAUUCUGUCCUGAUGCGGUCAGGGGAUUAUCGAGUUUCAGCAAUAGUGUUCAACCCAAUGAUGAGCAUGGAGAGAAGCUGGGUGCACGAAAUGACAUUAAUCACUAUGACGUUGCUAUAGUUGGAGGAGGCAUGGUUGGCAUGGCUCUUGCUUGUGCUCUAUCAAGCAUGCCGUUGACGAAACAUUUGAAUGUUGCAAUUAUUGAUAGCAAUCCUGCCUUGGGAUCGAGCGUUCACAUAAAGAAGGAAGAUCUUCCUGAUUCGAGGGUCAGCACGGUGACUCCUGCAACCAUUUCUCUUUUCAAAGAUGUUGGUGCUUGGCAAUAUGUUCAACAACACAGACAUGCAUUUUUUGAUAAGAUGCAGGUUUGGGAUUACACAGGAUUGGGGUACACUAGGUACAAUGCAAGAGAUGUGGGUAAAGAAAUACUAGGGUGUGUAGUGGAGAACAAGGUGCUUCAUAGUUCUCUGUUGUCAUGCUUAAAGAAUGCAGAUUUCCAGAUGGCAAUCCAUCCCACGAGGUUGACCUCAAUGACUUUAGAAUCAUAUCCGCCAUCUUCAGAGAUCAACUCUCAGUCACCAGACCUCAAGGACCCACAAUCAGGAACAUCUUUGUACAAGAAUAUUUUAAAGCAAAAACAUCGUGGAUGCUUAGCAAAGUUAGAACUGAGCGACGGCAACAGCAUCUAUGCGAAAUUGGUGGUUGGAGCUGAUGGGUCCAAGUCACGGGUUAGGGAGAUAUCAGGGAUCAAAACAAAUGGAUGGAACUAUUCACAGAAUGCAGUCAUUUGUAUUGUAGAACAUGCUGUCGAGAACCAUUGUGCAUGGCAGAGAUUUCUACCUGCGGGUCCCAUUGCACUUUUACCAAUAGGCGAUAGAUUUAGCAAUAUUGUGUGGACAAUGAACCCAAAGGAAGCUUCUGAUCACAAAUCAAUGAGUGAGGAUGAUUUUGUGAAAGUGGUAAACCAUGCAUUGGAUUAUGGAUAUGGACCUCAUCCUAGCUCAAGCUUUCUUGGUCAAUAUGGAGACAGCCUUUCUUGGAUUACAGGAGGUGUUACACCAUCUGUGAGCGAAUGCUUUCAAGUUCCACCGAAAGUAGUGAAGCUAGCCUCAGAACGGAUGGCAUUUCCUUUAUCUUUAAUGCAUGCCAACGAGUAUGCGUCACACCAUGUGGUGCUUAUUGGUGAUGCGGCACACACUGUUCAUCCUUUAGCUGGGCAAGGAGUUAAUCUAGGUUUUGAAGAUGCAUUUGCUCUUUCGAAGGUCAUUGCCGAAGGCAUCUCAGUGGGCAGCAACAUUGGGGAGCUCUCUUUGUUGAAGAAAUAUGAAAUGGAAAGGAAGCCGGCAAACAUUAUGAUGAUGGGAAUCCUGGAUGGGUUCCAGAAGGCAUUUUCUGUCGAUCUCGGUCCCCUCAAUUUCUUAAGAGCCGCUGCGUUCCAAGGCGCUCAGUAUUUUGGACCCCUCAAGAGGAAUAUAAUCUCAUAUGCCACAGGUGAGCAAAAAUGGCCACUGUUCCGCUGAGAUGACUUGCUAAAUCGGAAUCCUCUAUUUUCCUGUAGAAAAUCACUCUUCCCUGAUGGUAUUGUAGAAGCAAACUGUUGAAUAUCAUUACGUAGAAGGAAAUUUCAAUUUCAUUGUAGUGGUUGAUAUGCCUAUCUAUUAAGAGGAAGUUGGAAGAGUAUGAUUCUUGCGUCUUCAUUGGUAGACUUCAGUGCGGUUAUAGCUGAUACUAUAGUACGAGGAGUUAUAUGAUACUCAAGCUGUGCAUGCGCUUGAUAUACAGGCAUUCAGACAUUGUACACGUGGCAUAUAUUAACUCAAAUAAAACCUACUAUAUCAUGCUGAUUGAGACC